GUUGAAGCACUGUCUCCGGGCAAGGCAAGAGAAAGCAGAGUCAACAGCUUCACACGACUGUCACCAAAGUCCUCAACCUCCUCCACAACAAGUCGUAGCUCCCGGACCAGUGAGGGAAUCAAAGUUGACGCAGCUUCUGCGUGCGGAUGUUUUGGGAUCGGACUGCAACUUGGUGUUGAUCGCAACUGUGUCUCUAGGAGCAACGCAGAUUGAGCACGCGAUGGACACCCUGGAGCACUGCUCGAACGUGGCAAGCACACAGGAUACAGAAAUUCAACAAAUGCUAGUCCCGGGAAUAGCCCACUUGGAUGAGGAAACGGCAGAGGAACAAUCUAAAAGUGGCACUGCAUUUGCUAGUCCAGAGGGUACCCCGAUAGAUGAAACGAGCAGGCGAGCAGAGGAGGAGCAAAACUUGAAUAAAGUCGGACGUCAUUCGUACAUUGGAAGUGACCUGCGGCUUCUCACACCUGCAGAGGUAUGCGAGUGGUGGACUCGAACCGUUGCUGCUUAUAGUGAUAGCGAAAAACAAAAAGACACCGGUUGUACAACAGCGCUAACGGAUGAUCGAGUGAUGAACGUGGCUGACGAAUUCGAAGUCACGCUGAGUGCAUGGAAUUUUUUUAAAUUGCGGCUCUCCCCCGGUAAGAUUUCUCUGGGUCUUGUCCUGCGGACAGAGACAGCGCUCUGUCCUGUUGUUACUGAAAAGGAUGCUGGGGGAUACAAAAAUAGAUCUCUGCUUCUUGAUGUGGACGAUGUACCUAGCACUGCAGCUUCUGAAAAUGAAGGUGCGUACGCUGAUAACGCCAAUGGCACUAGUGCGGGUGCCGUCGAUUUGAUGGCAUGCGCCGCAGGGAAGUCCGAAGAUAGUGGCCCGCGGGUAAAUACAUCAGAGGAAGUUUUCCAAGCUACUCCGAAAAAGACCUUUUUGGACAGCAAGGUGAUAAUCACGAAAAUUUCCCUUAGCGGUGUCGUGCCGGCUCUUUCGAAGAGCGUACUACGGCAGAAGCGCUUGCGCCCAGGAAGCCGCCUAGUUGCGGUGAACCGCUGUCGUGAUCAACUUAUGGCGCGACUGCGUUCACAGUUUGAGAUCUUUAAGGAGCGGGUAGCGGACUAUCAGGCUUGGGACCUGCAGCCGGGGGCUGCUGGAAUCGUAAGCUUGCCUGGCGCGAACACCGAGGAUUUACGAAAAUUGCGAAAGUACGUUCUUCAUGGAGCAUCUACUGCAUGCUCUUCAGAAAUUCUGCAAGACGCGCCCAAACAAGAUUCUGGAUCUGGAAAUCUAGCUUCGACGACGCAGGACGCCGAGACAACUGUGUACCAAGCUAAGCCUGACGACUUUGUGCUUCGCCUCACUUUUUCCAACGAGGAAGUGUUCUCACUUGAAAACAGGAACAAAAAUGCGGUCGUACCACGAAUUUUCACUGGUGAGCACAGGACGGGUGAAGUGUGGGGUGGACACCAAUUGGUUGAAAAGUUUGGAUGUCUUCAGAGUGGUUUUGCACGCUUCCAGAAAGAACUUGCGUGCCCUCAGCUGGCAAGUUUUAUGUACGAAAAGCUGAGGGAGGAAAUUAGUAAUUUACCCCAAUUAAUAGCUGAUACAGAUUCGGGUGGUGGAUAAUCUUUAUCGAUCCAUCAUGGAAAUAAUUUCCUCCGUUUUAAUUUUGCCUCUCACAACUGUAACUACUGAGUUGAUGCUAUGUUCAAGUACAGCUGGAAAGAAGUUGUCUGACGAAGUUAUGAAACGCGAAAGAAAUAAUGCGCUAAGAAAGAACAUAAUGUUGUAGUUCAUUUUUUGAUACAAG